UGUCAGCGGGGAGUCAUGAAGAGGAGUGGCACACCAGUGUGGGACAGAAGGAGCUACAGGCCCCCUCCCACAUUAAAGAGGAGCAGCUUCAUGAUGAAGAUGAAGCUCAGUCCUUACAGCUUCAUCACAGUCAAAGUGAGGAGAACAGAGGGGCGGAGCUUGUAAGUCAACACAUCACAGAAGCUGAUGGAGAGCAUUGUGAAGAUAUCAAGUCAGAACCAGACAGCAUCUUUGCUCCACUGUCAGACAUGGACCACAUGAUGUCACACUCUUCUGAUCACAGUGACCACAUCCAAAAACCUUUGGAGAGUAAAAAUGACUCUAAAGGUGAUACGAGACAUCACACUAACAACAAACACUUUGACUGCUCUGAAUGUGGGAAAUCAUUUAGACAGAAGAGUCAUUUUACAGUACACAUGAGAAUCCAUACUGGAGAGAAACCUUUUACUUGCUCUGUUUGUAAGAAGAGUUUCUCCAGAAAGCCACACUUGACCACACACAUGAGAACACACACUGGAGAGAAACCUUUUACUUGCUCUGUUUGUAAGAAGAGUUUCUCCAGAAAGCCACACUUGACCACACACAUGAGAACACACACUGGAGAGAAACCUUUUACUUGCUCUGUUUGUAAGAAGAGUUUCUCCACAAAGCCACACAUGACCACACACAUGAGAACACACACCGGAGAGAAACCUUUUGCUUGCUCAGCUUGUGCUAAAAGAUUCAAAUCUAAGAGGGAAAUGAUAUUACACAUGAGAACACACACAGGUGAGAAACCUUUUAAUUGCUCUGUUUGUAAGAAGAGUUUCUCCAGAAAGGCACACAUGACCACACACAUGAGAACACACACUGGAGAGAAACCUUUUGCUUGCUCAGCUUGUGCUAAAAGAUUCAAAUCUAAGAGCGAAAUUAUAUUACACAUGAGAACACACACAGGUGAGAAACCUUUUACUUGCUCUUUUUGUAAGAAGAGUUUCUCCAGAAAGGGUGAAAUGACCACACACAUGAGAACACACACUGGAGAGAAACCUUUUGCUUGCUCAGCUUGUGCGAAAAGAUUCAACACUAAGCAGGAAAUUAUAUUACACAUGAUAACACACACAGGUGAGAAGCCUUUUACUUGCUCUGUUUGUAAGAAGAGUUUCUCCAGCAAGCAAAGCAUGACCACACACAUGAGAACACACACUGGAGAGAAACCGUUGAGUUGCUCUGCGUGUGUUAAAAGGUUCAGGUAUAAUUAUCAGGUGAGUAAACACAAGUGUUUAACAGUCAGGAAAGCUGCAGGGAUGUAAAAACACUUAAACAGUGAUUGUGCUAAAUGUAGUUUAAAAA